CUCUGACCAGUGGCUUAAUUUCUAAUUUAAAUAAAAUAUAAAAAGAAACCAAACUAAUAAGAAGAAAUCUAUUUAACAGCUUUCUCUCAUCAACUGGGACCAAUUGUUUACUCUGAAAUACAACUCCUACUCGAAAGGUCUUCUCUGUCACUUGAAAUGUCUAUGAUUUUAUCUGCCUCAGUCAUUCGUGUCAGAGAUGGACUGCCACUUUCUGCUUCUACUGACUAUGAACAAGGCACAGGCAUGCAGGAGUGCAGAAAGUAUUUUAAAAUGCUCUCGAGAAAACUGGCUCAGCUUCCUGAUAGAUGUACACUGAAAACUGGACAUUAUAACAUUAAUUUUAUUAGCUCUAUGGGAGUGAGCUACAUGAUGUUGUGCACUGAAAAUUACCCAAAUGUUCUGGCCUUCUCUUUCCUGGAUGAGCUUCAGAAGGAGUUCAUUACUACUUAUAACAUGAUGAAGACAAAUACUGCUGUCAGACCAUACUGUUUCAUUGAAUUUGAUAACUUCAUUCAGAGGACCAAGCAGCGAUAUAAUAAUCCCAGGUCUCUUUCAACAAAGAUAAAUCUGUCUGACAUGCAGAUGGAAAUCAAGCUGAGGCCCCCUUAUCAAAUUUCCAUGGGUGAACUGGGGUCAGCCAAUGGAGUCACAUCUGCAUUUUCUGUUGACUAUAAAGGUGCUGGUAAGAUUUCUUCUGCUCACCAGCGACUGGAACCAGCAACUCUGUCAGGGAUUGUGGCAUUUAUCCUUAGUCUUUUAUGCGCAGCUCUGAAUUUAAUUCGAGGCUUUCAUGCCAUAGAAAGUCUCCUGCAGAGUGAUGGUGAGGAUUUUAAUUACAUUGUUGCAUUUUUCCUUGGAACAGCAGCCUGCCUUUACCAGUGUUAUUUAUUUGUCUACUACACCGGCUGGCGGAAUGUCAAAUCUUUUUUGACUUUUGGCUUAAUCUGUCUAUGCAACAUGUAUCUCUAUGAACUGCGCAACCUCUGGCAGCUUUUCUUUCACGUGACUGUGGGAGCAUUUGUUACACUCCAGAUCUGGCUGAGGCAAGCCCAGGGCAAGGCUCCUGAUUAUGAUGUCUGACACCAUCCUUCAGACUUGUUGCCUUGGCUUCAGGGGAAAAAGGAGGGAGCAUAUCUUAACUACCACUGUGAUGAAGAAACUGUUCACCACAAAUGAGAAGCUCUGCUGUUUUUCUCUCCAGCUGUCCUUUUCGUUUUGAGUCAGCAUGGCAUGCCUAUGAGCAUGCCAUACCUGCUACGCAAACUCCUCUCAGCAGAAUGUUGGCCAUGAGAUUAUCAAUCAGAAGAAGAUGAAGAGAUCUCUCUCUGCAGGGCCAUGGCAGUGGAAGAACAGUCAGAUGCCAUUGGAAGACUUGGCCAGCAGCCCUGAAUCCUGGCUGGAGAGUUCAGUCAAAAACUAUGUGUGGUACUUGCUCUGAGAACUAAGCAGGAGCUCUGCAACCUGGGUUUGCCUUUGUGAGGCAUUAGUGUAGACCAAAUAAAAAGAUGCUGCAGUGAAUUGGAAAGUUUAUGUGUAAAACAAAUUACUUGCUAAAUAUUAGAUUUUGCACAUUUAUGGUACCAUGAGUUUGUGAAGUCCAGAUUGGUGUGGAAUGGGUUCUUUUUCCUUUAUAUUUUUGCUUGAAUCUUAACCCUGGAAAUCACCCGAUGUAGGAGAAGGCUCUGGUGAGCUCAUCCCUGGAGCAUUGCAAGUAUUGAAAACACAGUGACACAUGUUUCUUUCCUAGGCCAUGUUUAUACUUUCUUUUGAAAUCACUUUUUAAAAAUAUUUGUUAGGCUAUAGCCAUUGUUUGCCAAACUUCAAUCAGUUGAGUAUUACAUAUGCUAUUAUUUACUUAAUAUUUAUCUUUUAAAUUUUAAAAUAUUUAAAAAAGAAACUAACCUCUAUUCCAAGUAGAAAACCAGCAUCAGUUUGCCAUAAAAAAAUGAUAACUACAAAAUAAAUAAAAAUAAAACAAAGAUGUUAUUAAAUUCUAGCUGGAUACUAAUUCCUGCCAAGGCUCUGAAUCCAAAAACCUGUUCUUUCUUUGUUGCAGUGAGAGAGAUGUUACCCAGCACCAAAAUGGAGCUCUGUCUGUGGAAUUAUCAGAAGUUUAAAAGAAAAUUAUAAAGGGAAUGCCAUUCUCACUGUGAUUCAGCAUUAUUUAAUUCUGUGUUGUGUAUCACCUAAAAUCAUCUUGCAUGCCACCAAGUGGCAUGGGUCCUGCACUAUGGAGACACUGAGCUGUUCUAAAAGAAUCAGAAGGUGACUCUUCUCUCAGCACUUCUUAUUAUUCCUCUUAUCAUUUUAUGGCUUUGAGGAGUUAAGCACCUACUGUCUUAGAGAACUUACUUGCUUUUUGAUAACUUUAUAAAGAUUGUUUAAGCAGCUUUGAAUUAAUAAUAGAGGAAGCAUAGUUUGUUUCCAUUAGCAAAAUCUACAGCUCUUCUGGUUUCGAAGUCAUCUUCAUGAGUGAUUUUCUUGAGAAAAGAUUCCAAUUAAGGAAUUCAUAAGGUACUGAAAUUUGAUAUCCAGAAAAACAGUGGACCCAUUACAUAUAAUUCAUGUUCUGGGUAUACUAAUUUUCCAGAAGAAAUUGUCCAGAGAGGUAAAGUCACUGAACUGCACUGUUUCCAGAACCAGUAUACAUAGGUAUGUCUACAAUGAGAAAUCUUGCUUAAUUAGAACCUUUUUGCUACACUCUUCUUUCAGGAGAAUGAGACAAAAGAAGACAGUAAGCUUAACGAUUUCGGGGAUUUAUUUAAUGCAAGAAACUCCAGUUCCCUCCAAUUUUCUGCCUCUAACAAAACUGCACAGAAAUUAUGAAUAUUCUGAGAGAUAUCCCAAGGUACCACAUGAUCCUAAGUCAUCAAAAUAAAAUUGAUUUAUGUUUGGCGUUUUGUAGUUACUGAGCCAGGAAAGUAAAGUGGUUCAAUUUAGUAAGUUUUUUUUCUAAACUAAUGGUUAAAGCAAGAAGAGUUUUCUUGUAAAUAGUUGAUUAACCAGGAGAUUGGAGUAUUCUGGUUCAUUGUGAUUUUGCUGUAUAUUGAUAUUUUAUAGCUCUUUUACCAGUUUGGUUCUCCUAAUUAUUGAAUUAUAAUAUUUGGUAUUUGGAUACAUUGAGCAAGGACACUUGAAAACUCACCAGCUAUCUUUAAAGGCUUAAUUUGUUUUUUGUUUUUGUUUUGCUUUUUCACCAGCUAUUUUGGAUAAGGGGAUGUUUACAUUUUAAUGUAAAAAAUGAAAACAGGUAUAAAUAAUGUUUUAUGUAUAGAAA